AUGCCUGUUAGUACCACCGUCAUCCCCAUACCAUCUAUAACCAACGAGAAUUCUUCUGCCGUUAUAAUCCAAGACUCCAUACCUCCUCAUUCAAUCACUGAUAAUGACGAUGAUUCACCAAUUUCCACUUCAAAAUCUACUAAAGAUAUCAAUGUACGACCUCCUGAUGGUAAGUAUUUUAUUUGUUUUGGUGGUAGCGAUGAUUGA